AUGGUCGAGCCUCGAGCCCGCAACAGCAUCGCCAGCAGAAACAACAGGAGCAACAACAACAACAACAACAACAACAACAACAACGGACCAGCUCGAGAUGCACCAGACAACGCUCCUCCAGCCGGCCUCCCUCUGCUGCAGAUGAAGAUGUCGUCGUCGUCGUCUCCGUGGUUAUCGAUCCUCGUUGUCGUCUUCCUCCUCGCCGUCAACGUCUGCCAGGCCGCUCUCGUCCCCUUCACAAACUGCCUGCCAGACUCCAUCACCAAGUCCAGCCCGUUGAAGCUCCAGUUCAUCCCGCUCUACGUGGCCGCGCAGUUCAACAGCUCGCUGCCGGCACUGAAUCUCAAUGUAACCGUCUACGGGAACGUCAGCGGCACGGAGACCAGAGAGCCCUAUCCGCCGCCAAACGACCCGCACUGGUCCAAUCCGAACGAGACCUUGGGCAAGAUAGUCAGAGUCAACCCGUCCACAAACACAUUCACCACCCUCUUUCCACAGGUGGACGUCGUUGGCUUCUCUGCCUCCAAUGCCUCUGUCGUCCCGUUCUGUGAUGCCCUCGUCCAGGGAGAGUGCCCCCUGGGGCCGGUCUUUAACUUCAGCCGGGACUCAACGUCUGGACUGCGCGCGUACUCGACGACGUUUAAUAUAACGUCUUCGUACGCCUUUGCCUCGCUGCUGGCCACCCUCGAGGUCAAGGCGGGAGAUGUGAGCAAGACACCCUACAGCUGUGUGGUGGCCGACAUCACCCCGGAUCUGGGCUCUCCCCUGAGAACGGCUCUCGCAUACGUCCCGCUGGCCAUUCUCAUACUCGUGGGUGUGGCUACCAUAUACGCUGCCAUCUACAGCCCCUGGGGCACCACCGACAUCUUUCGGUGGUCCUGCAACUACGGCCGUGACGAGGACCUCAUCCGCCUGGUCACUCCAGGGUUUGCGGACUGUCUGCAGUACAUCCAGUUCAUCAUACUUACCGGUUCACUUACUCUGAGCUACCCGGGUUACUACCAGCCAGUCGUCAGCCAGCUCGGUUGGUCCGCUCUCAUGUUCAACCAGAGCUUCGUCAGCCACGGGAACGGUACCCAACCUUUGAACGAUGGCGUCUACUCAGUCAACGGCACCUAUGGUCUCGACCGGAUAGGCCAAUUCGUUGGUAUGACACGGGCAGUCGACAUCUGGGCCGGCUCCGUCAUCUGGCUGCUUGUCAUUCUCGCCAUCGUCACGGUGGUCAUACAGCUCGGUUUCGGCCUCAGAUGGAUCCGUCACAAUCUCAGCCACGUAGCGGAGCAGGACCUGCAGUCCCAAAACACCUCCUUCACCUUGGGAAACGUCGUUCGGAUCGUCUUCAACUUCUUCCUGCUCCCGCUCGUCUCAUUGUCCAUGUUCCAGCUAGUUAUUGCUGGCUCCUCUCCCAUCUUUGUCGUGGCACUGGCUGUCAUAUUACUGGUCAUAUUGGCUGGAUUCGCGGCCUGGCUGCUCUAUCUCAUCUUCUGUACCCGUCCACGGUCAUAUCUGUUUGAUGACCUUCCUACCGUGCACCUACCGUUUGAGUCUCCCACCUCAAUGAAUGCAUACCACAUAGUCUUUGCACUGGUCCGGUGUCUGACCAUUCUCCUGUCCGUCGCCUUUGUCCCGUCGCUGGACAUUCCGGAUUCAGCGAAGGGUUGGAUUGGAUACGUUAUUCUGACGUUACAUGGCAUGGUGCUGAUAUUCGGAUUCUUUUUGAAUGCUAUUCAAACACUCAUUGAGGUCGUUGCCCGACAGGCUGGAGCGGGAGGUGAUGCAGGCGCCCAAGGAGAAGCCGCUAGAGGAGGUCUGGUAAAGUUAUCCCGUCGCUCUCCCAGGAAGCGCCACAUACCACGUCGAAGCACCAAUUCUGAGGCUACCAUGCUCAACGUCGACAUUGAGCGUCCGUCUACUCAGCUCGACAGCGAGAGACCUCGCAGCUUCUCGGGAAGCUCCGCAGUCCUUCUCAACCGACCAGGCAUAGACAGGGCCAGCACUGGAUUCGAGUCCGGGACAGGGAGUCUGUUUAAUGCCAGUAACCCUCGUGGAACAGGUAGCGGCCCGUACACACCUACCACCCCUGGAGCCUUCUCAACUGGGCCAGGACAAGCUUCAGGCGGCGGCGGGUCACCGCGCAGCGGCAUCGUGCAUAUGCAACUUAAACACGAGACGGCAGACCCGUACUACCGCCCACCCCGGCAACGGCGCGCGACCCUAGAAGGCAUACGCCACACUUCCCGGACUAGCAGUGACAUGAUCAACAGACAGUCGGGUUGUGCUGUUGACACUCCCGAUCCUGAUCCAGACCAUGAUGCCGAUGUCCUGGCUGGUCAUCCUGUAGGCAACGGAGGGACUCCAACGCCCGCCUAUCUUGGUGCCCCCAGGGAAGACCCCGACGGUGACGCUGACGGUGACCCAUCCCUCCGAACAGAUUACGCAGUACGGGAGGUCGACUUUUACUAUCGGGUACGGGGACCUGCACUAUCCCAUUCCGCUACAAGAAAGCUGAAGACUGGUCCUGCUGAUCCUACUGGCCCAGUCUCAUCGGCUAGCGGAUGGCUAAAGAGCCUAUUCGGCGGCAAGACCAAGGACAAGGGUAAAGGAUUCGAGGUUGUUCGAAGUUCUCGAGCUCCUCCACAGGCUGCAAUGCAACCACCGCCUGCUGAACAGGAUAGGUUCACGGAGCCAUAUAGGGAUGACCCAGACCAGACACAGCAAAGUUCUACUACUAAUAAUAAUACCACUUCUCCUGCUCCUAAUCCAAAAGUAUCUCCUCCCACCGAAGAGGCCAAAGCAGAAGCUGUCACAGACAACGACAAACCGGUCCUACCACCCAUCUUAAUCGACGACGCCAUCGAACUGCCCAGUCGAACAAGCACCCGCAGCGGCCCGUCAGAUUCCACCAACUCCCACUCCCGCUCUCAAUCCCAAUCACAACCAGGGCCCCAUGGCAGCAUGCGAAUACGGCCCCCCACCAUUCCUCGCAAAAGCUCCAAACGUGGCACCUCCGUCGACCUCAAAGACGUAAAGCCCAGCGAUGCAUCGAAACCCUUUAUAGGCGGACCUCAUUCCCGCAACAGCUCCCGGGACUACGAAGCUGCCAAUUCAGAUGCUCUUAUCCCUCAACGGACGUUUUCCAGCCGUGCUCUGCACCAGUCACGAUUGCCAUUUGGUUCCAAAUCGUCUUCAACGCACAGCGCUCCUGUAUCCAUUGACUCGAACGAUUCAAUGGCACAUCAUAGAGCGGAUAGCGGUGACACUACUGUCCAAACACCCAUACAACCAUCGGGUCAGAGAAACGUAUCGUCCUCCACCUUUGAUGCUGCUCGACGUGGCAAACUAAAGGGUAUGGGCUAUGUCCAACAGCAUCGAGCCAGCGACCAUAUUCAUGAAACUCGCCUGUCCGGUGGAAGUGCCGCCGAGUUCAUCGACGAUCAUCCUAUGCCACCUACGUCUAACCCCUAG